GGGUAGCUAAUGGUUGAGAAGGGAGGUUGACAAGGAAAUGCUCCUUCUUUAUUCAUCGACACACACCCGCAAGACACAGAGUGUUGUUUGCAGCAGUUGUUUAGAGUUUAUCUGGACAGCAGGAAGGGAUACCCCUCUUGACCAUCAGACAUACCUGCCGGCAGACUAUUUUCAGAGAGAGUGACAACAAAGUGCUUGAACGGAAUUAUUCCAUCAAGGAUAAUGAGUGUGUCGCAAACCAAGCCAUAUAAAAAAAUGAGUUUGAUCCAACUCUGAUCAAGAUUCCUUCUAAAUACAGACACCCAGCUGCCUGAAGAAAGCUCUAAACCAUUGAAUCCUAAGCAGCAAGUGGUCCUGCGGCCAGGCCGUCACAGAACGCCCAUGACAGCUCCAAAGUCCCAGAAGGUCAAGGCCUCAAAGUGGAGGCGAAUACUGCUGACUGUCCUGACGGUUGUAGUGGUGCUGGGCAUAUUGGCUACCGCUGCAUACUUUAGCAAGCAGUUAAUUGUAAGCAAGUACUUUUUCUGCAAGCGGUCGGUUAAGUUCAUCCCGCUGGACAAAGCCUGUGAUGGCACAGCUGACUGCACCAGAGGAGAGGAUGAAAUCACCUGUGUCUCCAGCUUCAAGGUCAACACUACCUUUCCAGUGCGUCUGAUAUCAGACAGGAGUAUCCUGCAGGUGUACAGCCCAGGCUCAGGAUGGAGGAGCGUGUGCAGUGAGGACUGGACAGAGCAACAUUCACAAACAGCAUGUCAACAACUGGGAUACACAAAUAAACCUCGCAGCACUGCUGUUCCGGUGCAGACCAUAAUGUCAUCCCUUAAAACAGGACCCUUUACAGCCAUCAGCUCUGGGACCAAGACCACCCCAAUACAUCAGGCUACUAUUGACCGAAAGAUUUGCAAAUCAGGAUCCGUGAUAUCUUUACUGUGCUCAGACUGCGGCCAAGUGGGCUCUCAGGAACGUGUAGUGGGAGGUGUGGAUGCUGUCAUAAAGGACUGGCCAUGGCAGGUCAGCUUGCAGCAGAAUGGACAACACACGUGCGGAGGGUCACUGGUGUCACCACGCUGGGUAGUCACUGCUGCCCACUGCUUCUCUGGAGGCAAAAAGGAGCUGAGUCGCUGGAAAGUGGUGUCAGGUAGGACCUUCCUGGGUACAUUGGGAGGUUCCUAUGUGGACAGGAUUGUCGUAAAUGGAGACUACAGUGUGGCACGAAAUGACUAUGACAUAGCAAUGAUAAGACUCAGCAGUCCUAUCACUGUGGGAGAGAACCACAAACCAGUUUGUCUGCCUCCCAAAGCUCUGGGGCUUACUGCUGAAACCUCCGUGGUGGUUACUGGCUGGGGAUACCAGGAGGAACAAGGAACGAUAUCUCCCUCACUUCAGAAGGCCAUCAUCCCUUUGAUCGACCAAGCCAAGUGCUCCAGCCCAACAAUCUACGGUAGUGCCAUAACCCCCAGGAUGAUCUGUGCAGGCUUCAUUGGGGGUAAAGUAGAUGCCUGUCAGGGUGAUAGUGGUGGUCCGUUGGUCUACUCGUCUUCCUCUCGCUGGUACCAGAUAGGUGUGGUGAGCUGGGGCAUUGGCUGUGCCAGGGAGAGAAGGCCAGGAGUUUACUCUAAUGUGGAUGAGCUGCUAAAUUGGAUACAUACAGUCAUUGAGAAAGAAUCCUGAGGUCCUCACAUCCGGGAAGCAGAACAUUCCAGUCUAGCCUGUACUGGAUGGACUUGGACAGGAGGCUGUGGGUUCAGUAUGGACAGCCAUUAGAAAAACAGAAGAAGACAUAUGACGCAGGAAUUUUUUAUCAGCAACAAUAUAGCAACAUAUGCACUUGCAGCAUAUCCUUGCUUUCAUCGGCGCUUGUUUGGAAUGUGGCCAAUGUCAUUUCAGGUUCUCAACGAUAUCUCAGGGGAUUAUUGAAAUAAUAUGAGUUUCUGCGCAUGGACAGUCAUGGUUCUUCAUAGCAUAAUGCUCUUGGCCAUUUUCUGUGCAGAUGCAUGUGUUUAGUUUUGCUCUUAUCCAAUAUUCGACCCAACUCAACCCAGUUCACCUUAAUACUUGGAAAGAUAGUCUAUUGUCACAUAAAAACAGUGUCUGAUCUAUUGUAGCCAUAAUGGCAUAGAGUUUCAGAUUGCAGUGAUUAACUUCUCGCAAGACUGUGUUGGCAAAGACCCUUGAAAAUUCAAUGCCAAAGGAUUUGAGCCAUACUUGAACAUGAUCUAUAGGGGUGCCAUGGGUAAAAACGUUUCAGAAUCAUGCUGUAAACUGUAAUUUAAUCUGAAUUUUAUUAAUACUGUGCCUUCGUUCUGCAUACACAUUGGCAGAACCUGUUGGAAAGGAUGAUGGCUUUUUGUAAUAAUGCCAUGAAGAGAGUGAAAUUCCUCAGUUGAAUAUCUAAUGUCAACACAAAGUUGCACCUGGGGCCAAAUGCAGGAGAUUAUAGUAUUCAUAGGUCUGAGGUAGAUUGAAAGUUUACCCCCAUUAAGGGGCCACUGCACCUUUUUACAAAAAAGAUGGAGUACUUCACAUAAUUUUAAUUAACUUAUCUUACUAAUUCAUUGAAGCACUUUAGGGGUAGAGUUGGAAACUCUUUUGUUACUUUAAAUGAAGGCGCUUUAUUUACACCAAAAAGGUAGUCUAAUAAUGUGCUAAAUAAAGACAUGA